AUGGCGUUGUUAUGCUAUACCAUACUAAUUAUUGUCACUUGUCUAACUUGUGCGUCAAAUACUUACCCGCAGAGUGCUCAAUGUCAAUCAGAACACAAAGAUUGGGAAGAACGCAUGUCGUCCGACCCACAUAGCCCACUGAUUGACUGUAACAUGAUAGACGCUCGAUUCAUCGAGUGCGAAAACGUUGGAGCGAUUGUGCAGAGGAAUAAUUCAAAAGUAACCCAGCUUCUAUUGUAUGUUUAAGUGUUUAGGAGGGCGAAUACUGCCCGUUCUUUGGGCAGAAGAAUGGAGUUCUGCACAAGGUCAAUAUUACAUGCCGAGUCUUGCCUUGUAUUGAGUGUAGAGGAGAGAGGGAGUUCAAGCGACAAGUCCCUUGCGUUCAGUAAGUAAUUGCCGCUAAACCAAACUCUUUGCUGCGAGUUUCAAGAAUGCAAGAAAUGAAUUUGCCAUAGAAAAGUCGUAUGGAAGCUCAUUUUGGCCUAAGAUUGGCUCUUGGGGCCUCUAAAAAAAUUUUUAUAGAUGGGUUUCAUUGUACGAAACACAGCCAGUUUUGAUUAAAAAAAUCCUUGGCAACGAUUCGCGUACAACGAAACCUGUCUAUAACGAAAAAUUUCAAAGCUUGCUAGGCUUGAUUUUAUGCCAAAAAUGACCUGCGUAUCAGUCUGCCGGGAAAAUAAUGAGCAGUCUGUAGCAUUGAAAAUCGCAUCGUCGCCGAGAAAAGGGGUUGUGUCGCGGCAAAAUCCAACUGAUUUUCACUUCAGCGACGAGGAUCGGCGCAGCGACGUUGUUGUUUUUAUAAUCUGAUAUCACCCUGUCAGGAAAAUAAUGAGGACAAUGUCGCUGCGCCAAUCACGUCGCUGAAAUGAAAAGCAAUUUGACUUUGCGCUACACAAUUCAUUUUUCCGACGGUGAUGCGAUUUUUGGUGCGACAGAGUGCACAUUAUUUUCCCGACAAGUUGGUAAUAAGAGAAAUUCUGCAAAGCCCAAGUUAUACGCAAGUACGGCGUCUGUGGCCGGGAGAUCGCUCGAAACGCGGAGAGCAGCCAGGGGAGAAAGACUUUUAGUCCUAUCUUUGCCAGUUUCGCGUGGAAAAAAUUGAUUUUUUAUGAAGGCAUUAACUUCUAAAUUUUCAGUUAUUCCGGGCAUUUCUUCCUUUCAACCCUCCUCUAUUCAAUGUUCUUGGGGAUGCUGGCCGUCGACCGUUUCUGCCUCGGCUACUCAGCCAUCGCAGUUGGCAAACUCAUGACCUUAGGGGGUCUCGGCGUCUGGUGGGUGACGGAUUUCUUCCUCCUGAUCAACGGCAGUCUGAAGCCGGCCGACGAUUCGGAGUGGCAGCCAUGGACGCCCUUCUAA